AUGAGGGAUCUUUCUGUAGCGGCUUUGAAAUUGUAUCAUUCGACACUAACGCCAUAUGAGAAAUCCGAAGUGCUGGAGUACUCCAAGGUGUACUUUGUGGGCAACCAUGCUCAAAAACGUCAAGCGACCUUGGAACAAACGACGUGUAAUCAUGGUUAUGACGAUGAUCGUGGAGACUAUCAAGUGGUGCUGCGCGACCAUUUGGCGUAUCGUUACGAAGUCUUGGAUGGUCUGGGCAAAGGAUCGUUUGGCCAAGUGCUGAAAUGUUUUGAUCACAAAUCGGGGCAAACGGUGGCAGUGAAACUCAUUAGGAAUAAGAAGAGGUUUCAUGCCCAAGCCUUGGUAGAAGUGAAAAUCUUGGAAGAUCUGGUGAAAUGGGAUCCUGAAGACAAACAUAACAAUGUCCGCAUGACCGAACAUUUUUAUUUCCGCAAUCACUUGUGCAUUGCAUUUGAAUGUUUAAGCAUCAAUUUAUACGAUUUUAUCAAGACCAACAAUUUUCAAGGAUUUAGCAUGGGCUUGAUCCGAAGGUUUACGGUUCAAAUUCUCAACUCUUUGACACUACUCUAUAAGCAUAAAUUAAUCCAUUGUGAUCUGAAACCAGAGAAUAUUUUGCUCAAACAUCCUUCGAAAAGUACGAUCAAAGUCAUUGAUUUUGGUAGUUCAUGUUUGGAAACCGAAAAAGUAUAUACUUACAUUCAAAGUCGAUUUUAUCGGUCUCCCGAAAUCAUCUUGGGAAUGAAUUACAGUAUGGCGAUUGAUAUGUGGAGUGUUGGGUGCAUUUUGGCGGAACUUUACACCGGCUAUCCGCUGUUUCCUGGUGAGAAUGAACAAGAACAGUUAGCUUGCAUUAUGGAGAUUCUUGGUGUUCCUCAAAAACAUUUGGUCGAGAAAAGCACACGACGUAAAUUAUUUUUUGAUUCUCUUGGAAAUCCUCGUAUCAUGCCGAACUCAAAAGGAAGAAAGCGACGACCCGGGACCAAAACGCUGGAACAGGCUCUUAAAAGCACCGAUGCCAACUUUAUUGACUUCAUUUCAAAAUGUUUACGGUGGGACCCCGAUCUCCGUAUGAAACCCGAUGAAGCUUUCAGACAUCCCUGGAUAGCCCGAUCCGCUUCCUCUUCGAGGCGAUCAUAG